GCUCACUGCUCUCUCGUUAAAAGCGGCCGAAAUGUGUACCAAACGGUGAAAACUACGGUCAAUGGCCCAGUUCAUAAUGUUCUCAAGACCUAUGCGCCAUGGCUGCCGCACGCACUGGGCGUCGACUAGAGCUUUGUUGCUGACUUUGGCCAGAAGACAAAAGUCGGACUUCUCCCAUCUGCAAACAGAGCUACCCGCUCGCGUGCUACCUAUCUUAUACGAUGACCUGACCUCGCGCGCAACUCAUAACCUCAAUGUCUCACUCGCCUCUUUUGUCCCUGACUCUUGGCUCCCCAAGUCGACGUUCGAGGAUAGCCUUCCUGUGACGAGCCCGUCACUCGAGCUCCCCGCGUCGCAUCAUUUAGUCUACUUUAAUCCCGCGCUUCCGCCGUCGAAACUCCUUCCCGAUGGAACAGAUCCUAAUCAAUCGCCCGGGGUGCCUUUCGUUCGGCGAAUGUGGGCUGGUGGCAACGUGCGUUGGAAGGCACCACUAAAGGUCGAUGGUUCACGGCACGCGUGCGUGGAGGGAAUCCGCAACGUCACGAUCAAGGGCCAGCCUGGCCAGGAAAAGGUAUUCGUGGGCAUUGAAAGGAGAAUUGGUGCCAUUGGCAAAGAUAUGGGGGAUCACGAGGUGCGGAAGAAGCUGUGGGCGGAGACUGAAGACGACUUUGCGGAUGCCGAUAUAAUUGAGCGAAGAAAUAUCGUCUUCAUGUAUGAGAGGACGGAGGAAGAACUGGAAAAGGUUAAAAAAAGAGGAGCGGCUAUGCCAGCCGACAAGAUGCUCAAACCGCAGAACCAGCCGACGUUUACGCACACACUUACUCCUACACCCACGCUUCUUUUCCGAUAUUCUGCAUUAACAUUUAACGCGCACGCCAUACAUCUUGAUCCGCAAUACUGCCGUGAGGUGGAAGGUCAUCGAAAUCUUCUAUUUCAUGGGCCACUGUCUUUCACUCUCUUAACACUGAUGGUGGAUAAUCAUGUCAAAAGUCAGGGAAAGACCAUUGCAAGCAUUGACUACAGGAAUCUUGCUCCACUAUAUUGUAGCGAGCCGGUCAAGUUAUGCGGUAGAGAAUCAGGACCGGACAAGUUUGAGGUCUGGGUCGAGACCCCCGAAGGUGGCAUUGCCGUCAAGGGGAGUGCGACAGUAAGAACUAUAUAGAUGUCUUGACAAAUCAUCACAGGCGACAUACUGCAAGUACUUGAUUUUGAAGUCAUUUCAUGCAUUUCAACGAGACCAGUAACAAUAGUCUGAGAUUCCGAAAUGCAAGGGCAUCCACCCGUCAUCAUCUCACCCUCCUUGCCGAGACUUAUCCAGCCAGUCUGC